UCUGUAAUGCUGCCUCCCCCUUAGCCUUGAUGCUUCUCACUAUUGCUUGUUCACACGCUGGGAUCUGCUUCAAUCCAUGGCUUUCCCUUGUAACCAAGAAGAUCAACAGCAUCCUGCAAGCAGGAGACUUUUUUCCAGGAUGGAAGCCUCUUGCCUGGAGCUGGCGUUAGAAGGCGAACGUCUGUGUAAGGCUGGUGAUUUUAAAGGCGGAACUGCUUUCUUUGAAGCUGCGGUCCAGGUAGGGACAGAAGAUCUGAAGACCCUAAGUGCUAUCUACAGCCAACUUGGCAACGCUUAUUUUUAUCUGAAAGAGUAUGCGAAAGCGCUGGAGUAUCACAAACAUGAUCUUAUGCUGGCCAGAUCAAUUGGAGAUCGUAUUGGCGAAGCCAAAGCCAGUGGAAACUUGGGAAAUACGUUAAAGAUCCUGGGACAGUAUGAUGAAGCGAUUGCUUGUUGCCAGAGACACCUGGAUAUUUCACAGGAACUAGGGGACAAGGUGGGGGAAGCUAGAGCCCUCUACAAUGCCGGUAAUGUGUUCCACGCCAAAGGGAAGCAGUUAUCUUGGAACAUGCCGCAAAUUCCUGGCGACCUCUCGGAGGAGGUCAAAGAGACAUUACUGAAAGCCUCUGAGUAUUACGAGAGCAAUCUGGCUCUGGUGAAGGAGUUGGGAGAUAGAGCGGCCCAGGGACGAGCUUACGGCAAUCUCGGAAACACCCAUUAUCUGCUUGGGAACUUCCACGAGGCCAUCGCAUUUCAUAAGGAGAGACUUGCCAUAGCGAAAGAAUAUGGAGACAAAGCAGCGGAGAGACGAGCGUACAGCAAUCUGGGGAACGCACACAUAUUCCUGGGAAGGUUUGAUGCUUCAGCUGAAUAUUACAAGAAGACCCUGCAGCUCUCCAGACAGUUGAAAGACCAAGCAGUAGAAGCGCAGGCCUGUUACAGUCUAGGAAAUACGUUCACAUUACUGCAGGAUUACGAGCGAGCCAUUGAAUACCAUCUGAAGCACCUGUCUAUUGCUCAAGAACUAGGAGACAGAGUGGGUGAAGGCCGCGCUUGCUGGAGCCUGGGAAAUGCCUAUGUAUCAUUGGAAAAUCAUGAGGAAGCUCUUCGUUAUGCAAAAAGACAUAUGGAGAUAUCGUGCGAGAUCGGAGACCGGAAUGGGGAGCUAACGGCACGCAUGAAUAUAACACAACUGAACUCGGCUCUGGGUAGGAGCUCUAGUGAAGAUGGUGGGGAAUCAACUCCAUAUGAAGUACAAGGGGCCAGACCUAAGCAAUUGCACAUGGAUAACUUGGAAUUAUUAAAGUUCCCCUGUGAGAAGGACCGAAAUGGAGACAGUCAUCACACGCCAAACAUUAAAAAGGAUUUUGUAACAAAACCUGCAAGGAGUAAAAAAUACAAAGAUAAUAAUUUUACUCCGGAGGUGAAGACACAAAAUGCUGUUCCGUUAGAUGCUGUUGAUGUCAGAGUUCAAAUGCCCCACAUGAAAAUCAAUCGUGCUCCUUCAGAUGAAGAAUGCUUCUUUGACCUACUGAGUAAAUUUCAGAGCAACCGGAUGGAUGAUCAACGAUGCACGUUAGAUGAUACUGAAAGCGGUAUUACCGAAUCUUCCCCUACCAACAUGCCAGCACUAGAAGACAGGAUAUCUGCCUCCUCGUUAAUGGCUUCACCUCAGACAGAAGAGUUUUUUGAUUUAAUAGCAAGCUCCCAAAGCAGACGCCUGGAUGACCAACGCGCAAGUGUGGGAAGUUUGCCUGGACUACGGCUAACACAUAAUAACAUGAGUCAUCUGAAAGUAGAUGGAGACCAACAGGAACCAGGAGAUGAUUUUUUCAAUAUGCUCAUGAAGUGCCAGUCUUCACGAAUAGAUGACCAAAGAUGUGCACCUCCAGACACUGUUCCCAGAGGGCCCACUAUGCCCGAUGAAGACUUCUUCAGUCUUAUACAGAGAGUGCAGGCCAAGCGGAUGGAUGAACAACGUGUAGACCUUCCUUCCAACCAAGAGGACCUUAAUCACCAACAGGAUGAGCAAAUGAGACCAAGUAACAGCUAAGACUGAUGAUCCUUCUCAUGACUGGACCAUCUCCAUCCUCCUUUUACAAAGGAGACAAUGCUCCAAGAUUUUAAGACUUAGGAGUAAUUGACGAAGGAAACCAUUUUUUAAUUAGAAAUCAGUGUAUUUGCAUAGUUAAAGCAUAGAGAUUACGAAAACAUUUUUGGUGAAGGUAUUCGAGCCAUCAAAGCCUCAAUGGUCAAUUAAACGUUCUUUACAGAAGAACAAAAAAAUGACCCAUCAGUUUUAUAGACUGCUUUUUCUAGGCAAUUUACCCGUUGACAAGUGAAGCAGAAAAGUCUGAGGGGAAUAAAAACAAAGCAACCCUUUUUAGAAGAACUGCACACUAUAAAAUGGAGAACAACUUCUGCCAAACAAGACUGAUGACGAGAAGAGUUGAAUGAGGUUCCGCAGAGAACUAGAAGUCCGUAGGAAUAAAAUAGUGAUGGAGAUUUGAUUUUUGAAGUCACUCUGGUGUAAAUGGUUCAGCAAUAUUUGUGACAAGUCAUUUUUAAUCUUCACCGUGACAAAAAGGCCUUAUGCAAUAUAUGGCAAUAAUAUUUUUAGCUUAAUUUGGUUAAAGAACCGAUUCACUAAAGCUAAACAAAGGGCAGAAUAAGGAGCAUUUUAUAAGGCGUUAACGGUAAAACUGUGCUUUUAGAAACUCCCAUACUGGGACUGUUUUAUUCUGCUUAAAAGAGACAGUAAAUUAUUUCUUAACCUAAAGUAUGGUUUGGUGUACAGUGCAAUUAUUUUUUUGUAUUUCUUAAGCCUAUUAGCGCCAGUGUGGGUUACAGCAUAUUAGCAGAUUUGUAAAAGACUGAUAUUAAUUCCAGAUCAGAUAUUAGUAUGUACAUUGUGUUUCUCACAUUAUAAAAGUGUUGUUUAAGAUAAACUUAUCUUAUUAGGAUAUUAAGCCGUACGUUAUUGCUAGGAAAAAAUACCUAGCAUUAGACUUUAUUCUACCACUACCUGACAAACUUAUUAGUGAAAAUAAACAACAGAUUAAAAACCUUAGUUAUACCUUUAGUCACCUGUAUUUGAGUAUAUAUAGUAACGUUCACAAUUGUAAAACUACAUUGGGAAGUUACACUGCUCUACCCAUUGUGGAAAAAAAAAAAUAUAGGGGCAAAAUUAAACUUUCAUGAUUCAGACACACCAUGCAAUUUCAAAAAAACUUUCCAGUUUGCUCCUUGCUUUGUAUCCUUUAUUUGAAGAGUAAUCGUAGGUUGGCUCAGGAGCAGAAAUGCACGUUGGUAGCUAGUUGGCGAUUUGGUGGCGACACACCUAUACCUAUUAUCAUUGGUUUAUCUGACGUGUUCAGCUAGCUCUUAGUAGUUAGCCUACUAAUUUUUACUCUUCAAUAAAAGAUACAAAAAUAACAAAGCACAUUUGAUAUUAAAAGUAAAUUGGAAAGUUGUGUAAAAUUACAUGCUCUAUCUGAAUCAUGAAAGUUUAAUUUUGACUUGACUGUUGCUUUAAACAAUAUCAACUGUGAAAUAAUUGCGCUUGUAGUUAGGAUUGCCAGAUGUUCAGUGUUAAGAUGGGCUGUCCAGUAAAAGCUAUACAAAAAUUAUGGACACUUCAGUGUUGCAUCAGUGUUAGUUACGUUUUUAAGGCCUCCUAUGCUCUAUGCAUUAAAUACAUCAUAAGUGACACUGUGUAUGCACUACUAGCAGCCAAUAAAUGUAAGUCAUGUAGCUGGUUAAAUUACUGCUGUGUAUGUUUCUGGCAGAUAAAGAGGUAGCAUUAUUCAUUAGUGGGGGGCAGACAAGGGUAUAAAAGCACUGCUAAUUUGAGAACAAAAUAUAUAUGGCGUUUUAGGGUGAGAAUUAGGUAGAGAAUAUUGUGUGAUCCCACCUGUGCCCUGUUACCUACUUGUAAUACUGGCUUAAAAUGACUUUAAAGUCAAAACUUAAUUCCGUCUUAAAUAUUUACUUCGGUAUAGUGACAAAUUACAAUGUACUUUAAAUAUUUGUUUCACUUGCUCUUCCUGUAGUUUAUCUUAGUUUAUCAUUACAAGAUGGUUUUUUUACAAUGAUCAUUACAAAAUGUUUUUUUGUUUUGUUGUUUUUUUUUUUGUUCCCUAAUUGGCCACAGCAAAGGAGAUGAGAUAAACCCAGUGAAAAGGCAUUUAAAGGGACAGUCAACACAAAAAUUGUUAUUAUUUAAAAAGAUAGAUAAAGCCUUUACUACCCAUUCCACAGAUUUGCACAAAAACAUGGUUAUAUUAAUAUACUUUAUAACCUUUAAACCCUAAACGUCUGCCUGUUUCUAAGUCCCUAAAGACAGCCCCAUGACCACAUGCUUUUUUAUUUGCUUUUCACAUCAGAAGAAGCUAGUUCAUGUGAGCCAUAUAGAUACCAUUGUGCUGACGCCCGUGGAUUCUAACAACACAGCACUAAUUGGCUUAAUUGCAAGUCAAUAGAUAAAGUCAUGUGAUCAAGGGGGCCGUCAGAAGAGGCUUAGAAACUAGGUAAUCACAGAGGUAAAAAGUGUAUUAACAUAACCAUGUUUUCUGUGGAAAACUGGGGAAUGGGAAAUAAAGGGAUUAUCUAUCUUUUAAAACAAUAACAAUUUUUGAGUUGAUUGUCCCUUUAAGGGGUAUACACCUAGACUUUAAAACAAUGCAAAAUAACCUAACAAAAUUACUCUUUUAAGUUCUACCACUGCAUCAAAUAUCUGUAAUUUUAUCUGGGAGUAUUCUCUAAGAAAAUGUAUUAUGCUACAGGCAAAGCUAUAAGAACAAUGUCUAUUGGAUCAAACUGUCCCAAAACCAGAUUAUAUGAAAAGAAAAGUAUAGCUGAAAACUCUACAUAUCUAGAUAAAUCAACUGUAGGUGGGAUAAUAUGAGAUGUUAGUGCCACCAAUCAGCAAGCGCUACCCAGGUGCUGAACCAAAGAUGGGCCAGCUCAUAAGCAGACUGCGCCUUAUUUCAGUUCUUUUGACAGACAUGCAAUUUAGCCAAUCAGUGCUGUCUUACAAAUAACUCCAUAGGAGUGAGCACAAUGUUAUCUAUAUGGCACACAUAAACUGGUGCUGUCUAGCUGUGAAAACUGUUAAAAUGCACUGAGAUAAGAGGCGGCUUUCAAGGGCUUACAAAUUAGCCUGUGAGCAAACUUUGGUUUAGCUUUCAACAAAGAAUACCAAGAGAACAAAGCAAAUUUAAUGAUACAAAUAAAUUGGAAAGUUGUUUAAAAUUGCAUACCCUGUCUGAAUCAUGAAAGUUUAAUGUUGAUUAGACUGUCCCUUUAACUUUAUUUAUUUUUUAUGUUCUGCAGUGUAGGGAUCUUCUUUACCUCCCCCCUCCCUGACAUCUCCCAAACAGCUCUCUAGCCCUCCCCCCUCCCAAUGAUCACCGCCAUCUUAGGUACUGGCAGCUGUCUCUUUAUUUUGUUUUAUUUAUUAAUUAAAAAUAGUUUUCUGUAGUGUAGGGGUCCCCCCUCCAAUCGAUCUUGUGUAGGGCCCCCCUCUCAUAAGCCCUUUUGCAGCAUCCUUCCCUCUACCACCUUCCCUCUCCCACCUUCCCUCUCCCACCUUCCCUCUACCACCUUCCCUCUACCACCUUCCCUCUACCACCUUCCCUCUACCACCUUCCCUCUCCCUUCUUUUCUGUAACAUAGGGAAUCCUCCCCCUCUGCCCCACUCUGGGCCACCCACCCGCCUCUGCAUUGAACAUAGGUAUUACAUCAACCCAGUAUGCUGGGCAAAGUACCGUGUGAUGUAGUACCUAUAUCCAUUUGGCACAAGGGGUUAAAAACACCGAUUACAGAUUUUGAUUUUUGGCUUCUCUGGGGAGCGUGGCACAAAGCACAUUUUUUACACAAAAGCAAUUAGUGUUUAUAAUAUCAUAUUUUAUUAUUUAGUUUACUGUUAAUCAUUGCAGUUUAUUUUAGCUGAGAAUUUCAUUAUUUUCUCAUGGAGAUAGUGCUGCCAGCUGUUCUUUACAUAAAUACUAGACAGCCAUUGGCUGGCAGUGGGAGUUGUAGGUAGGGAUCGUGAAAUGGCCCCUCCAAAAACGAUAUCUUAGAUUUUACCAUAAACUUUGCCCAAAUCUAACCCUAGGCCCUCUCAGGUGAAUUAUCACAACUGAAUAUUGAUCUUAGCCCUUUUGAUGUCAGCUAAAAAAUAAUUGUAAUUCUGCUCCACUUCUAGUAACACAAAGCAGUGAUUUUACCCUUAAUUGACUGCAUAUGACCACUGCCAUAUCUGUAAAGGAUUGAGGCACAGGUGACCUUUUAAAAAUUUAGCAGUUGGUUGAAACACUGGACAGUUCAGUUGAAUACUUAACUGGACACAAGGCAACCCUAAAUAGACAUUUGAUCAUGUUUUUGCUAAAUGAAACCGUCAUUCAACUAAUGCUACAUUAGUUUCAAUUUGAUAUUACUCAAUGUUAAAAAAAGGAAAUCUAAAAUAUAUGAGCUAAUUUAAUGCAACCAAUAGCAGUGUUUAUAGAGUACAAAGAAUUAAGCAGUGAGAAUUUUUAAUAGGAAAAAGGUAAUCUCCAUGGAAAGCCAUCAUAAGGUUUUACUUUUGAAUUGGUGCUAGCAUCAUGUUGAUGGGAAAACCAUGGGCAGUAAAAUGUUGCAAUUUUAAGCAUUACCAUGUUUGUUUAUGAGAGUGCACCACACAGUUGAUCAACUUAUAUUCGUAUGGCGAGCCAGGCAAGUAGAACAUAGCAAGUGAAGGAGUCUUUCUCCAAACAAGGAGCAGGGAAGUAAUACAUUAUGACAGCACAAUCUGCAGGUCUUACAUCUUGGUGCCAAUCCACUUUUAUCUCCUAUGGCAGACCAUAGCGAUUACGCCUGUGCACCUCAGUGCUGGCACACAAUUACUACAUAAAAGGGGUGUUGCCCUGGAGUUUGAGUGCUAACUGGUCAGUAUGCUCCAUGCACACUGAACCAAUCAGUCCCUGAUAAACACUAUGUAUGUACAGGUGCAGCCGAUCUGAAUUUUGAGAACAAAAUCCUAACUUAGCCCUUUUUUUAACACAUUUUGCACCUCAAGCAACAGUGGCAUACAUAUAGAUUUUUAACAGUGAAAUAUACUGUGCUACCUAUUUUUCAUGUUGACAUGUUCUUGUCUGUUUUAGUAUAGUCACUCACAACUACUACAUUACCAUGGAAACACCUUUUUCAGGCUUUUCUUAGCAACAUAAUUAAGAGGAGUUAUCUAUUAAAGUCACUGUAUGUCCAUUGGAAUAUAUAUAUAUAUAUAUAUAUUUAUACAUACUGUACAUGCAUUCAUAUUGCAUACAAAUUAAAAGUAUAUAGCUAAGGAAAAUAGUCUUUUCUCAGGCACCAAAUGGCUAUCAGUAUUUUUUAAUCUAUUUAAUUAACUGACAUAUAAUGUAUAGAUUCAGAAAUGAAAACUCUAGUGUGCAAUAAACAAAUACAGAAUUAAGAAUAUAAGGUGUACGAGAACUGGAAAUAAAAAAGAUCAGCUCAAAAAAAGAAAAAGAAACAAACCAACAGCUAUGUACUUGAAUGUAUUUAGACUAUUUAUUUGCCUAGUUUUUUUUUCCUUUAAAAGUAGUUUCUAACCAGAUGGUACAGUUUUUAGGUUGUGUUUUUCUAAUACAGGACAAAUACAUUCUGCCAAAUAUAAUAUAUGAAAAAAAAUGUUUUAUUGUGCUUAAUAAAAUAUUUUGUGGUCUAAA